CAUUAGAUAAAUGUCAAAUCGUACUGUGUUUUUGUGAGUGAGAAAUGUGAAUUUCUAAAAUUACGUGAAUGUUUUAAGUUAAAAACAAGUAUGUAAAGUAAUUAAUAGUGAAUAAUAAAAUUUUUGACUCCGCAAGUGUUUGUGACAUCUUACAAGAAUGACUUCAUAUUUAUCUGCUGAACUCUCUGCAACUUGCAAUGCACUUGGAACUUAUGAUAAAAAGACCGGAAAGUAUUUGAUUGAUGAGUUUACACUAAAUACUGUUAAAGACUUAAUUAGAUAUUUGCGCCGUGAUGGUGAGGAUCAUGAGAUCAGAAGGCAUUUUGGUCAAACUAAAGUGCUCCAGACUGACCUGAUUCCCAUGUUAAUAAACCAUUGGGAAAACACUGAGUUGUUUGAUGUUACACUCAGAUUGUUAGUAAACUUAACAAAUCCAGCAUUAUUGCUGUAUAGAGAAGAAGUGCCAACGGAAAGAACAGCAAGGCACAAUUAUUUACUUAUUCUGUUACAUCUGCAAUCGUACAAGGAAGAAGCUUUCACAAAAGUUGAUACAUGGAAUGUAUUUGCUAAAAAGCUAGCUAAAGUACUGGAAAUUGAUUCUAUGGAGCGGGAUGAGGAUACGGGGCUUAUCAUAGAAAGGAUUUUAAUUCUUAUUAGAAAUGUCUUACACGUGCCUGCUGAUCUUGAUAAGGAAAGGAGACCAGAAAACGAUGCUAGUGUUCAUGACCAGGUACUGUGGGCACUGAACCAAUCUGGAAUAUUAGAUAUUAUACUGUACAUGUCAUCGGAAAAUGAAAAACAAUACUUCAUGCAUAUCAUCGAAAUUAUAUCUCAUUUGUUACGUGAACAAAAUCCAAGUAGUCUUGCCGAUGCAGCCUUGCAGAGAAGUGUUGAUGAAAAGUUGAGAGAUGAACAAGAACUUUUGUCAAUGAGGAUGAGUGAAAACAAACAGCGUACUAAUAAAGUAAAGCAAUAUUCUGCAUCAAGGCAUUCACGCUUUGGUGGCACUUAUGUGGUGCAAAAUAUGAAGUCCAUAUCAGAAAAUGAAAUGAUUUGCUUGAAGCCACUUAAUAAAAUAUCCAAUUUGGACUUUAGUGGAAGCAAAAAGUCCAAACUAGUGAAACCAAAGAAUAGACGACCAGUAGAAAGUGGCACAAUGGAAAGACGAUCAGCGUUUGCAGUUAGAUUGUUUUUAAAAGAGUUUUGCAUAGAAUUUUUGAAUAGCUCAUACAAUCCGCUGAUGCAUUAUGUCAAAGAUGCAUUGGUGAGAGCUAAAGCACAGCAAAAUGAUGAAUCAUACUAUCUUUGGGCAGUCAAAUUCUUCAUGGAGUUCAAUAGAGGUCAUAAUUUUCAAGUUGGAUUAGUUAGUGAAACAAUGUCCGUUCCAAUGUUUCAUUACGUUCAACAGCAGAUGGAAAAAUAUUAUGAUAUGAUCAGUGUAGAAAAGAAAAAGUAUAAUUCAUGGGUACGAAGAUUACAUAUAUCUCUGAGAGCAUAUAAAGAGUUGUUGAAUACCUUAUUGGCCAUGGACAAAAGUACAGACCCGUCCGUCAAAGACUCAGCCAAAGUGUUAAAGAGUAAUAUUUUUUAUGUACUUGAAUACAGAGAGUUUGUACUUCAAACAUGUCUGAAUUAUGAUGAAAACAAAAUGCCGAGGUCCUAUUUAGUGGAUUUAGUGGAAACAGUACAUUUAUACCUGAAAAUGCUGGAGCAUUACUGUAAGAAGACUGGUUUAGUUGUCCAGAAGAAAGUUAGGAAGAAGACAAAAUCUAAAAAAAAGCAGCCAGCGCCAAAACCCAAGCCAGUAGCACGGGAGUUGCCCGCCUGGGAAGAAGUGCGCGCGCAACUAGCGGUAGUGCUCGGCGCCGGCGUUAGAGAACACCCGCCACCUUUCGACGCCGCCUCUGACGUGCCCAUCGACCACCAGAAAGAAGAUUGCAUGAAAAAUAUACAGAAACAUAUGAGGGAAUAUAAAUUUGAAGAUGCUGUUGGGAUGUUUCGCGCUGCUCGAGAAGUCUGGCCUGAAGACGGAAUUUUCGGUGAAAUGGGAAUUCAACCAGAAGAAGAACUGAACAUGCUAGAAACUAUUUAUAGCACCGAUUUGGGAGUUGAGAUUGCAGAUGUGACCAAAAACGAAGAAGAACAAGAAUCCGAGUAUGAUAAUGAAGAAGAAGAGGAAGAAGAAAGAACAUCAGCGGUAGUCGAAACCGAUUUCGACUUUCAAGAUUUUGUGUUGAGAUUUUGCCACCCACGGGUAGUGAGCGCUUGCGUAUCUCUAUUGGAAGAAUACGACAAAAACCUCCCGCACACAAACCAUUGCAUCGCCAAGAUGCUGCACCGCAUCGCUUGGGACUGCAAGCGACCGUCCAUGAUGUUCCAAGCCACACUGUUCAUAAUUUUCCAAAAGAUUCUCGAGAAUCCCGUGCCCCAAUUUAAAGAAUUGGAGAAAUUUGCGAUAUACAUCCUUAGGAAAUUCACCGAAACGGCCUCUAAAAACCCGAAAGUAUUCAUUGAAUUACUUUUCUGGAAAACCGCUAAAGAUUCAGCCGAAAUUGAAUUCGGCUAUGAUCUGUACACGAGCCAGAAAGACAAGCCUGGAACUGGCGCAUGGUCCGAAGAACAAGAAGAUGAACUUAGAAAUCUGUACAUGGAGAAUCAGGCGAACCCUGAAAAUAAUCAAGAUGUAAUCGACUGGAUAUUAGACAACCUGAUCGAUCAAACCCGCACGCGCCGUGGGGUCAUUAAAAAGUUGAAAGAAUUGGGUCUAAUAUUCCGCGCGCCUACGAAACGAGUCAACCAUGAGAGGGCCAGGGAAAAAACACCCAAAGAAUUCAGCGAGGAAGAGGAUCAGAUGUUGACUGAAAUUUGGCAACAGUGCAAAGACACUAGUGAUCCAAUGAGUGUGAUAAUGGCUCGUAUGCCGCGUAAGCGUCAAAAGCGAAGCUAUGUCGAUAGACUACUCGAGCUGGGCAUUAUAAAAGAUAAGAACGAGUGCCGUAAAAAGAGGCAAAGGAAAUCGAACGCUAAAAGCACUGGAACAGACGACGAUAAAUCGAACGAUAGUUCAUCUGAUUCGGAUUCUGCAAAUAGUGAUAGCGAUGAUAACUCUCGAUCAUCACCUCCUCCAAUCACAAUGAAACGGAAGAAACCGGAGAAGAAACCAAAACCGAUUAGUAACAACAAAAAGAAACCAGCUAAAGUGGAACUCAGCGCGAACGAAAUCGCCAAGCUUUUAGUGAACGCUGUAGACAACGAUUUGACGGAAAGUCUAAAAUGGCUUGCCGAAAACUUAGAAGAAGUAGCGCUUGAUCAAGAAGCAGAGGGCUUUGACCCGACGGCCGAAGGAGUGCCCCUGGUGCCUAUAUCCAGUGAGUCCAUGGAAGCCAUGGAAAGCGAGUUAUUUCAGAAGGUUCUUAAAGGCGUGGGUGUAGCGCCUCCUAGCGACGAACAAGAAGUGUAUUGGCGAAUACCUGCUGAUUUACAUUUCGAAACGAUCAGAAAGAGAAGAGAGAUCAUAAUGAAAGCGGUCCACAAAGAACUUAUCAUAGACACUACUGCACCCGAAAAUAUUACCAAUGAUCAACCAGAAACAACACGACCUAACGAUGACUCCAGUGAUGAUGAUGAUUUGUUUGAUAACUUGAGGAAAAUGCGUGAUCCUAACAUAGAUAAUACUUUAAAUAAAAGUAUCGGACAAACUGUGGAGGGUAAUAAUCGCAAAAGAAGUCGAAGUUUCGAACCUAAUGAACGGCAGGGGAAAAGGAAGAUGCAGAAAAUAGAUGAAGAUGAUGAAGUUGCUCUUAACAAGGAUGAAGAUGAUGAUAAUGAUAUCUUGUCAUUUGCUAAGAAAACGCUACAGCAAGAAGACUUGCCCGACACUGAGGAUAUUUUGAGCAAUAUACCUAGAGUUCUAGACGACGACAGUGACAAAGACGAUGAAGACAUAGUUUUGCCGGCGAAACGGGACAAGAAGCGUAGAGUUAUAAUUGAUGACGACUCUGACUGAAAUGUACGUCUAAGUUCAAAUGCAUUAUUAUCUUUUGUCUUAUAAUUAUGUU